AUGGCCGCAUCUCAGGCUUCAAACGCAACCGAUGGCGCUCAGAAGCGACCCAACUUCCUUGUCGUUGUGGCUGAUGACCUCGGCUUCAGCGAUCUCUCGUGCUUCGGUGGUGAGAUCAGGACUCCAAAUAUCGACAAGAUAGCAAGCAAUGGUAUUCGCUUUACCGACUUUCACGCAGCUGCAGCAUGCUCACCCUCACGUGCCAUGAUCAUGACCGGAACAGACCAUCAUAUUGCGGGUCUGGGAAAUCUCAUUGAAUGGACAAAUAUAUCCGGUCAGAAUGCACCGGCAGAAGGUAAUGCCAAGUGCUUUGAUACCGCUCCUCAGAGAGGUAUGCCGGGCUAUGAAGGCUACCUCAACGAAAGAGUUGCUACAUUGCCAGAGAUCUUGCAGGAUGCUGGAUAUUCGACCCUGAUGUCAGGUAAAUGGCACCUUGGUCUGACACCUGAGCGUAGUCCAAAGGCAAGAGGCUUUGAAAGAAGUUUUGCGCAUCUUCCUGCAUGCUCCAAUCACUACGCAUACGAGCCUCAUCUCCAAACACCUGACAAGAUUCCUGAAUUCAUGACCAUGUCAUUCAUUGCUCUCCAUUCAGAGGAUGGUGAGUAUGUGAAGAAACUACCGGAUGGGUGGUACAGCAGCAACGGUUAUGGGGAUAAAAUGCUCUCAUAUCUGAAAGAGCGUAAGGAGAACAAGGAUGAAAGACCCUUCUUCGGGUAUCUUCCUUUCACGGCACCCCACUGGCCUCUCCAAGCUCCUGAUGAAUACAUUUCUCACUACAAAGGUGCCUAUGAUGAUGGGCCAGAAGCCUUGAGACAGACACGUCUGCAAAGAAUGAAAGAGAUUGGCUUGAUCGCUCAUGACGUCGAACCACAUGAGGUGAUUGCGGACGAGGUGAAAGCCUGGGAUGCUCUGACAUCCGAGGAAAAGGCCAAGUCCGUCAAAGCAAUGGAGGUCUUCGCUGCCAUGGUCGAGUGCAUCGAUGCCAAUGUUGGCAAGGUCGUUGAUUAUCUCGAGGAGACUGGAGAACUCGAGAAUACAAUGGUCUGUUUCAUGUCUGACAAUGGUGCUGAGGGUGCAGCUUACGAAGCAUACCCUAUCGUACAGGGUGAAAUGAUGCAGCACCUGAAGAAGUACUAUAACAACUCGAUCGAGAACAUCGGUCGUGGUGACAGUUUUGUCUGGUAUGGACCACGAUGGGCUCAAGCAGCAACAGCACCGAGUCGUCUCUACAAAGCCUUCACCACAGAAGGUGGUGUUCGUGUGCCCUUCGUUGUACGCUUUCCUGCAAACAUCGAAACUCGCAGCAUCACCCAUGACUUUGCCACCGUCAUGGACCUCUGUCCUACAAUUCUCGAGAUGGCAGGGGUCACACACCCAGCACCUACUUACAAAGGUCGCGAGAUCGUGCCCAUGCGUGGCCAAAGCAUGCUGUCUUUCAUUGAGGGCCGAGCUCACUCGACCCAUCCUGAGGAUCACAUCACAGGUUGGGAGACUUGCGGCCGUGCAGCCGUCCGCUGCGGCGAUUGGAAAAUCGUCUUCAUCCCAAAGCCCAAGGGUCCCGAGAAGUGGCAACUGUAUCACCUUUCGAAAGAUCCUGGCGAGAUUUACGAUCUUGCUGAACAAGAGCCUGAGCGCCUGGCUCGCAUGAUCAAGAUGUGGGAUCAGUACGUUCUCGAGACUGGUGUUAUUCCACUAGCGCCUGAGUUGGGUGCGUUCCUUGAGGCCACAGAGGCGCAGAUGCCAGAAAAUGCAUGGAUGGAGUACGAGUAUUGGAAGGAUGGAGCCAGAGAUGAGCCUGAGAAGUUCUUCAGACAGCCUCCACGAUUCCAGAGGACCGUUCAGCCUAUAUAG